AGGCGGCUGCUUACCAGCAGGGCCAGUGAAAUCGGGAGGGGGGAGCUGCUUCUUCACAGGGCUGGCACCACGUCGCAGGGUCCCCGGGCCUGGGACACCCCGAGUACAUACACAUGCGCUUUUCUAAACAGGGGUCUGUAAGUUUUCAUCCUUAAAUAGAAGCUGACCUCCUCCCCCCUCAAAAAAGAACCACGGCUCGAGAGGAAGGUUCAGCCAUGCCCCCUCCAGCCUCUGCACAGGAAGUAGGCUGGCCCUAGGGUUCGUCUGCGGCCCUAUCAGCCUGCUACAUGAGUCGCCAGCGCCAGAGCCGCAGCAGGGCCCUGGGGAGAUGGCUGUGGUCUCAGCCGCAGAGAGAAUCCGAGAGAACUGGCCGCAGCCCCAUGUCUCAGCCAGGGCUUCCUUCCCUAGCUCCCACCUGUGGAUGUAAUGGCGGCUCCUGCUCUGUCCUGGUGUCUGUCCCUCCUCCUCUUCCUCCUGCCCCUGCCCAUCCCUCAGGCAUCCACAGCGGUGAAAGGCACUCCUGAGCUCACGUGCUUCUACAACUCUCGAGCCAACAUCUCCUGCAUCUGGAGCCCGGAUGGGGCCCUGCCGGACACUUCCUGCCGCAUCCACGCGAGGCCUGCUCAACGUCCCUGGAACAAAUCCUGUGAGCUGCUCCCAGAGGUACCGGCAUCCUGGGCCUGCAACCUGAUCCUUAACAGGAACCCAGAGUCUCAGAUGCUGACCUCAGCAGAUGUCGUCCACAUAACGGUGAUGUGCCACAAAGGGGAGAGGUGGCAGGUGGUGAUGACCCAGCAGUUCAAGCCCUUCGAGAACCUUCGCCUGAUGGCGCCGAACUCCCUCCGAGUCACCCACAUGGAGACCCGGAGGUGCAACAUCACCUGGGCCGUCAACCAGUCCUCCCACUACCUUACAAGAUACCUGGAGUUUGAGGUCCGGACCAGGCCCCCAGGCCACAGCUGGGAGGCGGCCCCCCUGCUGACCAUCGGGCAGAACCAGCAGUGGAUCUUCCUGGAGACCCUCGCCCCGGGCACCUUGUAUGAGUUUCAGGUGCGGGUCAAGGCCCAGCGAGGCAGCAACUCGACGUGGAGCCCCUGGAGCCAGCCCCUGGCCUUCAGGACGAUGCCUGAGGCCCCUUCGUUGGGGCAUAUCAUCGUGGGCCUCAGUGGUGCCUUCGGCUUCAUCAUCUUAGUCUACCUGCUGGUCAACUGCCGGUACCUCGGGCCGUGGUUGAAGAAGGUUCUGAAGUGUCACAUCCCAGACCCGUCCGAGUUCUUUUCGCAGCUGAGCUCAGAGCAUGGAGGAGAUUUCCAGAAGUGGCUGUCCUCGCCCUUCCCCUCAUCCUCCUUCAGUCCUGGCGGCCCGGCCCCCGAAAUCUCCCCACUGGAGGUGCUGGACAGGGAGGCCAAGGCCACACAGCUGCUCCUGCUGCAGCAGGACAAAGCGCCCUUACCCUCCCUGGAGACCAGUGGCCACUCGCUGACCAGCUGCUUCACCAACCAAGGCUACUUCUUCUUCCACCUCCCGGAUGCGCUGGAGAUUGAGUCCUGUCAGGUGUACUUCACCUAUGACCCCUGUACCGAGGAGCCCGACGACCAGGGUGGGCCUGGAGCAUCUGAGGGGUCUCUCCUCCCACCCCUGCCGCCUCUGCCAGGGGAGGAUGACGCCUACUGCACCUUCCCCCCCAGGGAUGACCUGCUGCUCUUCUCCCCUACUCUCGUCGGUGGCCCAAGCCCCCCAAACACUGCCCUGGGGGAUACUGGGGCUGAUGACCAGAGGCUGUCCCCAUCUCUGCAGGAGGGAGUCCCCAAAGACUGGGGCCCCCAGCCCCUGGAGCCUCCCACCCCAGCAGCCCCUGACCUGGUUGAUUUCCAAUUACCCCUGGAGAAUGCACUGGGAGAAGCUGGGGAGGAGGGCCCUGGCCCUGGCCCUGGCCCUGGCCCUGGGGUGCUGGCAGGCUUCCCCUGGGCCAGCCCCCCUGGGCAAUGCCAGGUCAGGGCCCCCACCUUCUGCCUGCCCCUGAACACUGAUGCCUACCUGUCCCUCCAAGAGCUCCAGGAUCAGGACCCAGCUCACCUGGUGUAGACAGACGGCCAGUGGUGGGGCAGGUGGCUGUUCACUGUCACUCCAGGCUCAGUUGGGGACUCUGUCGUCAAGGCUUGUCCUCUGCUGAGUUACUCAGUAUCCAGCUGCCCCAUGGACAUCUUUGCCCAGAUGGCCCCCACUGGGCCCUGCACAUGGGGCUGUUUACUUCCAAACCACACAUGCUGCUCCCUGGUCCUACUUACUGCCCCAGCCAGGAACUGUAGCGGGGCACUUGGAUCCCCCCAUCAAUCAUGAGGAAGCCCUGGGUUUUGCCUCUGAAGCAUCACUCCUCCCCAGCCUGCAGCAGUUCCUCGCGCCAAGAUCUCACGGCUCUCCAGGGGUGGCGGCCAGCCUCUUUACUGGGCUCCCUGCCCAGUCCCACCCCCUGUCAGCCCCUCUCACCCACCUCCCCGGGGCUGCCAGAGCCCUCUUUCCAAAACACACAUAUGGACAUGCUGUCCUUGUUUAAAACCAUGCCGGGACUGCUCAUUGUCCUCUUGGCCUGGCCCCGCCCCUCUAGCACCACGCUGGUCCAAUCCCUUCAGGAACCCUCUCUACAGUCCUCCUGAGCCCCUUGGAGCUCCUUCGUGCCCCUACACCUUUGCACAUGCCAUUCUCUGUGCCUGGGUGCCCUCCUCUCUCAUCUAGGUGACAAACUGCCCUAUUCCUCCACUGUGUUCAGCCUUCCCUGGACGGAAACAAUGCCUCCUUUAACGUGCCCAGACCCUGGGAGAGGAGAGCAGGAGAGACCCUGGGAGCAGGAGGGACCAGUUCUCAGGGUCACAGGGUGGCUGGACAAAGAGGCCCUGUCACCUUUCUUGGGAAUCUCCCAUGGCCGCAAAAGGUUUGGCUCCUGCAUCUUUAAUGUGGCCCAAGUAUGGAUACAAAUCCCCCGCCAAAGUGGACAUCGGCUGGAUCCUUCCGCAAUGGCUUGUUGACAGUCCUCAGGCAUGUUGCUGGAGGAAACCCCGCCUGGUGUCACAGACAGCCCAGUGAUGGUCCCUCCUGCUCCACUGCAGGGGUCUCUUCUGAAGCCUAGGGGCUGGCGGACCUCUUCCAGAAGAGCAGCUCCAUCGCUGCACUUGGCAUGGUGCACUUGGCCCCCCCGCAUUGUGUCCCCCUGAUGAAUUAAUGAACCGUCUGGUACCACCUUGCCCGGACUUCCUGCACCCAGCUGCCUUCUCACAGGGGGGCACCAUCCACUUCAUGAGAGCACCCUGGGCACCCUGACCCUUCUGAGGUCAGCAGGACUCAGAGAAGUGAGGCCCCACGCCCACUAGGUUCCAGCAUGUCCACUCCAGCAAGAGGCUCAUCCCCUUACAUGGAAACCCUCCCCCUCCCACUUCCUUCUCAGGGCCUCCCACCAUCCCUCCACUUUUCUUCCCUCUGCCCCUGGCACUGAUCACACCAGCAAUGUGCAUUUUCCCACACCGGGAAGGCACCAGCCUCCUUUAAAACUGAGCUGGAAAAGUAAAAUGCCUGUGUUUAUAGGCCUUGCUUGCAGCUGAUUGGGCACUUGACCCAGACGAGCAACCUAUGGGUGGUUUAGAACAGAAACUAUCCAAUCAGGGAGGCCAGGCCUGUGCUGGCCAAUAGAUUUCUCCCAGUCUUGGGCUUUUGACCUCAAGGAAGGAGGGAGGCCCCUGGAUAUAGGGACGUGUGGAGAAGGCACCAGAAAAGGUUAGGGAGGCAUUGAGCCCCAGCUCCGGAUCCAAAGACUCCUGCUGCUGAGGGGGCUACUGGCCGUUGACUCAGGAUUCCUGUUCCCUUAUGGCCAAUAUCACCCUUUCCUGAGGCAAUUCGAGUCUUGAGUUGUUACUAUGGAAUAGCUUAAUUGCCCUACGGGGUCACUUCCCACUCCCUACCGUCGGAUGCCCCUUAUUCAGGGCCACUAGGCAGCGCGGUCCUGGCCAAGGCGUCAGACCCCAGCUCCGUGCCCACCCCUGCUGUGUGCCCUAGGUAAACUGGGAAACCUCUGAAAGUCACCUGGCAGAGUCCUUGGGAGGGUGACAUUGCUCAGCCUCAGUCAUUGGUGUUACAUAGAUGUUUAAUGAUCUGUGUGCGCUAUCUUUGUUUAUUUCAUAUUUUUAAGUCAGUUCACAUUUUUGGUUAAAUCCUUUUAUUUAAUGGAAAAUCUUUCAAUUGCUUCUCUAAAUGGAAAGCUGAUACUCACUAUAAAUAAAAGGUAACUG